AUGAGAGACGGGGAUUUGUGGGGUGUCAUGUCUGACCACGCCCUGAAGGCUCUUGUAUCUGAGAUUCUUUCUUUCUUUCUUUCUUUCUUUCUUUCUUUCCAUUCCACUUUAUUUCUUUCAUUCUUUCCACCUUAUCUCAUUCCUAUACUUUUUCUUUCUUUAUUUCUCCACUUUAUCUUCUUUCUCCCCCUCUUUCUCUCUUUCUUUCUUUCUUUCUUUGCCUUUCACCUUAUCUUUUUUCUGUCAUAUUUUCUUUCCUUCUGUCUUUCUUUCGAUCUUACCUCGUUCCUAUUUUCUUUCUGUCGUCUUUUCUUUCUUUCUUUCCUUCUUUCUUUCUUUCUUUCUUUCUUUCUUUCUUUCUUUCUUUCUUUCCACCUUAUAUCGUUCUCAUCCUCUUUCUUUCUUUCGUUCUUUCUUUCUUUCUUUCUUUCUUUCUUUCCACCUUAUAUCGUUCUCAUCCUCUUUCUUUCUUUCGUUCUUUCUAUCAUUCUUUCUUUCUUUCUUUCUUUCUUUCUUUCCACCUUAUAUCGUUCUCAUCCUCUUUCUUUCUUUCGUUCUUUCUUUCCACCUUAUAUCGUUCUCAUCCUCUUUCUUUCUUUCGUUCUUUCUUUCUUUCUUUCUUUCUUUCUUUCUUUCUUUCUUUCUUUCUUUCCACCUUAUAUCGUUCUCAUCCUCUUUCUUUCUUUCGUUCUUUCUUUCUUUCUUUCUUUCUUUCUUUCUUUCCACCUUAUAUCGUUCUCAUCCUCUUUCUUUCUUUCGUUCUUUCUUUCUUUCUUUCUUUCUUUCUUUCUUUCUUUCUUUCCACCUUAUAUCGUUCUCAUCCUCUUUCUUUCUUUCGUUCUUUCUUUCUUUCUUUACAUUUCCACUUUAUCUUCUUUCUGUCACGUUUUCUUUCUUUCUUUCUUUCUUUCUUCCUUUCUUUCUAAGACUUCAAUCUUUUCUUUUUCUUCAAAAUUACUUAAAUCAUCCAACCUUCUCGCUCUCUCACGCUCUCUCCUUCUUUCUUCCUUAAUUUUUUCGCCAUCUUUUAUUGAUUCCUCUUUUUUUCCUCUCUCUAUUCCACCUUCUGCUUCCUUCAUUUUUUUUUCCGAUUUUAUUUUUUCGCUUUCUUCUUCGUUUCUUUCGAUUAGCUAUUUUGCAAUAGCAGGGUUUUGUCUUUCCUUUUUCAUAUUAAUCUUUCUUUCUUUUUUUUCUUUCUUUCUUUUUUUCUUUGUUUUUAUCACAAUUUUCUUUCUUCCUUUACCACCUUCUUUCAAUUCCGUGGUAUUUUUUCUUUUCUUUUAUAAUGUAAUUCUCACUCAUUCAUUUAUUCGUUCGUUCUUCUUUUCUUUCUUUCUUUCUUUCUUUCUUUCUUUCUUUCUUUCUUUUAUACUCUGA